AUGCACGAACCCGUGCUUUUCUACAAGUUCGCCGUGGACCUGCAGGUGUUUUUCCGCUCGGCCCACACCUACGCCCUUGUGAACCUCAAGCCGUUGGUUCCCGGCCAUGUAUUGGUGGUCCCGCUCCGCACCAGCGUGCUUCGUUUCGGCGACUUGACGCCCGCCGAAAGCCAGGACUACAUGGCGACGUUGCAGGUCGUGCAGCGGCUCAUUUCCCGGGUCCACCGGGCCGACUCGCUCAACUUGGCCAUCCAGGACGGGCCGGAAUCGGGCCAGUCGGUGCCGCAUCUCCACACGCAUAUUAUUCCCCGCUUCAAGAACGACACGCAUGACGACAGCAUCCACAGGCAGCUCGAAAACACCGACUUGGCCGCUGCGUACGCCGGCUUCUUCGCGCGCAAGAAGACGUUCCGGGACUCGCCGGGGUUCGUCUCCAUUCCAGAUGCAGACCGGCAUCCUCGGUGCGAGGAGGACAUGGCGAAGGAGGCUGCGUGGUUGCGGGCCGAGUUGGCCAAGGCCGACGGCGCGGCGUCCUUGUGA